GCCAACACCCUCAAAGUGUUCCUUUCAAAGUAUCUUGUACAGAGAGAAGUCUCACCACCACCACCACUUAGCACUUACCAUCUACCACAGCCGGAAAGAAAAAACACGGCUAAGCUUGUGAGUAACUCUUUCCUCCAAAACAUCUAUAACAACCAUCCAUGGCGUCUCCAUCUUCUCUCAGAUUGGACAUCUUCCUCUCCUCUGUCAAUCGCCGAUACCAUCCCCCCGUUACCUUUUCUUCCAUUUCUGCACACUUAAAAACUCAGUCCAUUCCUUCCCAACAAAAUACUCUAAAAUUCCCUCCCUAUUCCAAUUCUUUCCGUAUUUUCUACCGAUUAUCGCCUUCGGACGACGACGAUGAAGACGAUGCCGAGUAUAGCAGCUUCGACGAGGCAGUAGAGCUUUUCAACAAAAGAGAAUAUUACAAGUGCCAUGAUUUCCUUGAAGCUCUAUGGAACAGAGCUGAAGAGCCCUCUAGAACUCUCAUUCAUGGUAUUCUUCAAUGCACUGUGGGAUUCCAUCACCUCUUCAAUCAGUUUGGUAUUAAGAAUCAUAAAGGAGCAAUGAUGGAGCUAGGAGAAGGACUUUGUAAGCUCAGAAAGAUGAACUUCAAGAAUGGGCCUUUUCACCAGUUUGAGCAGGAAAUCUCUUCAGUUCUUGAUUUUAUAUACCAGACCCAGAUUGAAUUGGCUGCUUGCAGUGAUGAUAUGUGUGUUGCGAUGGAUCAAUCGGAGAGAUCGUACCAACUUCUUGGGGGAUAUGCUGCAGGACAGCAUCUGUAUAAGCUACAAAGCGACUCAAAUGGACAGACUAUCCACAUAGUGUUUUCCCCUCACAUGUCUUAUGCCAAUGGAGAGCCACAGAGGGUAAAGCUUCCUACCCUUAAUGCAACCACUGAGUUACUCGAGGCCUGUGACUACUAUUGACUCCAUGUUUGAGGGAAUUCACCUAUGUUUGGUAUUUUUUUGGUCCAGUUUUAUUAGUGAAAACAAAUAAAAAAGAUGGUUUUUAUUGAAGAAUGAAAGUGAGUUUUACAAUGGAAGCCAGGCCUAUAUAUAGGCACCUGGGAUACAAGGAAAUGAAAACUGAAAAUAACUGUCUUGACGACUAUAACUAGAGUUAAUAAGUUUAGAAGAAUUUCCACAGUACUGUUGCUAGGAUCUUGUAAGCUGUUGGGUUAUUAAUUGUUCCACUUUGACGCAAGGGUGAAAACUUUACCAGUACAGGUACUGGUACCCUUUAGUUCUUCGUGGUCAAAUAGUUAACUUAGUCACAAAAGGAUGUUAGUUGAACUGCAUUUUAGGAGUAAAUUCCUUAUCCCUAUGGCCAGAUACAAAAACUGAAGGUAAUCUCCCUUCUUUCAUUUAGGCAAAUUUUGUAGUAGUACUUAAGUUUGAAAUUGAGAACAAAUGUUUUAUUAUUUAUUGGGAAAUUUGCUUAUUGGUUACACCUAAA